CACGAAUAUGGGUAUAAGCCGUGAUAGUUAUCACAAGAGGCGGGCCACUGGUGGCAAGAAAGCCGCCAUCCGCAAGAAGAGGAAGUAUGAGUUGGGACGCCCAGCUGCCAAUACGAAGAUUGGUGCCAGCCGUAUCCACUUCGUACGAACCCGCGGUGGAAAUCGCAAAUUCCGCGCCCUCCGUUUAGAUGCCGGCAAUUUUGCAUUGGCCUCGGAAGGAACUGUCCGUAAGGCACAUACCAUCGAUAUGGUUUACAAUGCCUUCAACAACGAGCUGGUGCGUACCAAAACGUUGGUAAAGAACGCCAUUGUGGUGAUCGAUUCUUCGCCGUUCCGUCACUGGUACGAAAGCCACUACCUGCUGCAGCUCAGCAAGAAGCGUGAGGUGAAAGCCGGCGAGGAGGACGUUCUGGCCAAGAAGCGCUGCAAGCGGGUCCUGAAGAAGUACGUCAAGCGACAGAAGACUGCCAAGAUUGACCCCGCACUGGAGGAACAGUUCAAUGCUAGUCGUUUAUUGGCUGUUAUUGCUUCUCGGCCUGGACAAUGUGACCGCGCUGAUGGUUACCUGCUGGAAGGCAAAGAGCUAGAAUUCUAUCUGAAAAAAAAAAUUAAGAAUAAGAAUGCCAAGUAA